UUCCAAGCAGAAAGUAAAGAAUUGACGCAUGUAAAUAUUCCACAACAUUCGAAUUUUUCCUUGAAAAAUACAAAGUUAUCAUCAACAUUUGAAUAUUUUUCGUUUUGUAUAAAAAAUGAACGACCAUCUAGAAGAGCUUGAAGAUUUGGUCAUCGGUCAAGAUGUAUCUGUUUCGUACAAGAGAGUCAGCAAGGAUUUCAAUGUUCACGUAAACAACGCUAAAAAAAUCCUAUCAACUUUCGCCGACAAACACAAGGAUGCUGUUUCGGAAACUCACCUAUUCUCAAGCAAGGUUAUCUCUGACGAAGGUUCAUCAUUUGGAUGGCAAUUUUGUUUAGUGCACAAGGAGGACGUGCAGCUGCUGAAUAAAUCUAAAAAAUUCGAGAACACUUCAAGCCAUGUCUAUUCAGUCUACCAAGGCUCUCGGAGCAAGGAAAUACUUGCAGACAUCGCGACGAGAAGUGAAAAUCCUGGAGAAAGUUUUUCAGGCAUUCAGAAUAAAAAUGUUUGCAUACGAGAGAGCAACAGCAGGAGAAAGUUUACUUCAAAAGUGGCCGAACCUCCUGCGUUCACCAAAAAGAAACAAGAGAUUAAAAAGAAACCUGAAGAAAAACCUAUUGAAACGAAUGCCAAAGCAGAAGAAAGUAUAAAAGAGGAGGAAAAGAAGGAACCUCAAUCUGAGAAGGAUUCAAAAUCUAAGACAGCAGGUGCAAUCAACAACAAAAACAAAAAGCAGGGAGGCAUUGCGAAUUUCUUUCAGAGAGGUGCAGCAGCUGCAACAGCUAAGGUUGAACCAAAGCCUGUUGUAAAAAAGGAAGAAGAAAAGAAAGAAGAGCCUGAGCCAAAGCCCAAUGUUGAGGAAGAAAAGAAAAUUGCCAAUCAGGAAAAACCAGCCCCGAAGAAAGGCAAGCAGAGCUCAAAAAGAAAGUCAGCUAAGCUGGAUAAUCAUUUGGAGAAAAAACGAAAACGUAUUAUGAUUGCAUCUGACUCUGAAACUAGCGAUGAAGAGCGCAUGGAAGAGGAUGAUGUUGAGAUUGAUGAACCUGCUCCACCAACAGCAGAGGCAGUAAAAGAAGAGAAGAAAAACACACAGGAGCAGGAAGGUGUUUGUAGAGAACGCAAACUUGUUGAUGAAACGUUUGUGAAUGAGAAGGGAUUCAUUGUAACCAAGAAAGUUUGGGUUACAACUGAAGUAAAGGUUGAUGAAGAUAAAAAGGAGAAUGAAGACGUAAAAAUUGUGAAAGAAGAGGCCAAAAAAGCCCCUGAGGAAAAGCCAGCUGCUAAGAAAAAGCAAGCUGGAAUUAUGAGCUUCUUUUCUCGUAAGUGAUGAGCUUGUUUACAGUUUACUUAAUUAAAAUAGCUAUUUAAUAUUCUGAAA